AUGAGUUGGGUGUGGAAAUCAUCAAAAUUACAAGUUCCUAUAAAACAGUGUUUAUCGUUUAUAGAAGAUCACUGUUUUAAUCGAGCAACAUCAACAUUAAAAGAAUUCGGAGUCGACUGGACGGACAUAUCAAAGCCACGAAAUACUAAAUUGGAUAAGCAAAUACCUAAGAUGGACGCCGUGUUUUUUCAUUCGGACAGAUUCGAUCUUCUAAUAGACGCUAGAGGAUUUCGACCGGAAGAUAUUAAAUGUAAAAUGUCACCAAAUCUUAUUGAAAUAAUCGGACAAAGACAAGAAAACGCAAACAGUGGGAAUAAAAGUAUGACUUUGUCAAGAAAUUAUCAAUUACCUCAAGCAGUUAAACCGGAAGAAGGUAAUUGCUUUUUUUCAACUGAAGGUGUAUUAUUAGUGAGCGCUCCGUGGCAAGCCACAUAA